GUGUGCCCCGUAUUGUUUCCGUCGUUACGGCCUCGCCAUAUUGCCUCUUGGCUUAGACGCCGAUUGUUAUUCGUUCUAGUAAUUUCUGUAGUUACGCUGCGAAAAUUACUGUCGAGAAAGAGUAUAACGAGCGUGCUUCAAUUCUCGACUGUUCAGUAUGGUAGGGACAAGGGUCUAUGUCGGUGGACUUCCAUACGGCACCAGGGAAAGAGACCUUGAGAGAUUUUUCAGAGGUUAUGGGAGAUUCCGCGAUGUGCUUAUCAAGAAUGGCUACGGCUUUGUUGAAUUUGAUGAUUAUCGGGAUGCAGAUGAUGCCGUCUAUGAGCUUAAUGGAAAGGAGCUUUUAGGAGAAAGAAUUACUGUAGAGAGGGCCCGGGGGACACCUAGGGGUAGUGACCAGUGGCGCUAUGGUGACUCCCGUGGUGGUUAUGGGGACUCGAGGCGAUCUGCCCGAGACGAUAUGCGACACGACAGAGAUAGUGUGAACAGAAACACAAGGACUGCAUCUAGCUACAAGCAAUCAUUGCCCAGAUACGGACCGCCGACCCGGACGGAAUACCGUCUCACCGUAGAGAAUUUGUCGAGCCGAGUCAGCUGGCAGGAUUUAAAGGAUUACAUGAGACAAGCCGGCGAAGUUACAUACGCGGAUGCGCACAAACAACGAAGGAACGAAGGGGUUGUCGAGUUUGCCACGUAUUCGGACCUGAAGAAUGCGAUCGACAAACUGGACGAUACCGAGCUGAAUGGACGCAGAAUCAGACUGAUAGAAGACAAGAGACGUGGACGUCGCUCGCGAUCUUCGAGCUCGAGGUCGCGAUCAAGAUCAAGAUCUCGAUCCCGACGUCGUUCUCGAUCCCGCUCCAGGAGUCGACGCAGCUCUCGCAGUCGCAGCCGUCGCAGCAGUCGUUCCAAGUCAAGGGCGCACUCGAAAUCCAAAUCGAAGUCCAAAUCUAAGUCUCCCGACCGUAGCCGCUCUCGCUCCAAAUCCAAAUCAAGAGACCGCUCAAAGUCGAAAUCUAAGUCAAACUCCAAAUCCAGAUCUCGUUCUAGGUCCAAGAUUGAGAGGUCGAAGUCCAGGUCGCAGUCCAAGUCCAAAGCCAAGUCUCCCUCGAAGGACAGAUCCAGUCGGGAACGAUCGAGGGGUGCCCGAUCCAGAUCGCGAUCCGGCAGCCCGAAGCACAGCAAAAGUCGCAGUCGUUCCCGCUCGCCCAUAAAUGGGGACAAGUCGCCGGACAACAAAAAGGACGAUUGAAGGCAAUGAGAACCCAUCGACCUCUCGGAAGAACGCGAUCGAAGGCCGUUCUUUCGAUCGCUUUUCCCUUCUCUCUCUCUUUUUUUUUUCCCUUUUCUUUUUUACACACAUUGAUUACAGUCGAGAAAAGUCCGUCUUACCCGCGACAAGUUUCCCAUCCCCCUCAAUGAUUGACAAAUAAUUCGCGGCUACAUGGAUUUCGCGAAUCUCGCGAAGUGGAACCUUCUUUUUGGCGGGGACGCGAUUUCGAGGGAAUUAGAAACAAAAGAAGAAUAAGCAUCGACGUAGGCGAGAGAGUGUGUACGCUCGGAACGUGGAAACGGACGAUUUCACCUUAUGACCAAACGUCUAGAUGCGUUGCUCGUUUGUGUUUUUUUCCCCCCCCCAUUUUUCAUUAGAUUGAACUCGGGACGUUGGUCUCGUUUUAUGGGAGUGGGUGCGCGGACAGUUUUUCCUUAUCACGGGACACGCGAUUCGACGACGACCGACACCGCACGCAUUUAGGUGGUAAGGUCUCUUCAUCAUUCGUACCUCGAACGGACUCUACACGUUUUCGAUGUAUCGCCGUAUUAACAUAGGAAUUCCCUUGUAAUGGCUUUUUGUAUAUAUUCCGAAUGGAUUACAUUAUAUUGUAAGAGGAUGACGAUAUGUGACGUGUAUUUAAUCUGAGGUAAUUCUUAUCAAUAAACGGGCCAGCAGUGGAACCUCGUGA